AUGUUACUAUUAUCAAUAUUGUAUAUUCUUACGAUAGUUUUCGCCCAAGAUCCUGUCGCAAAUAUCGCUCAAGGCCGUGUUGUUGGAAUAAAAGUGUUUAUGGAGAAUUCUUUAGAACCAAUUGAAAUUUACUUUGGUAUACCAUACGCAGCUCCACCGAUUGGAAAACUGAGAUUUUCUCCACCAGAAAGACAUAAUGGUUGGAAACGGACUUUUUUCGCCCACCGUAUGGCGCCAAGUUGCCCACAAGUAGAUACAGACAGUAAGGAUUCCAGUGAAAAUUGUCUAUAUUUAAAUAUAUGGACAUCGCGGAGAGUGGAUGGGCAGCUUCAACCCGUUAUUAUAAUAUUUUACAGCGAGACAUGGACCGGGGGUAGUUUGAACCUACCAUGUCAAGAGUUGGCAUCUGAAGGCGUGGUAGUUGUAACAGUGGCUUAUCGACUUCACCUUUUAUCAUUUUUUACUCUAAAAUCAGUGAUAGCUCGAGGAAAUCUCGCUUUACUUGAUCAAUACAUGGCGUUGUUGUGGGUCCGGGAGAAUAUUUCCGCCUUCGGUGGAGACCCGACGUCAGUAACGCUCUUGGGUCACUCGGCAGGCGCUGACAGCGUUUUACACCAUGUGGUUUCACCGAGAACAACUGGGUUAUAUCAUCGAGUCAUAAUUAUGUCUCCGAGAAAUAUAUGGCAAGGAAUCUAUGAGAAUCGUAGUGUAACUGCAGGCGAACAAGCGAAGGUUUCAAAAGAGAUUGCACGCGCUAUAGGAUGUGUGAACUAUACUUCAAGAGAUGAAGAUAUUUUGCAAUGUAUGAAAGAUAAGCCUUUGGAAGAGAUUAUAAAAUUAUUUUCAAAUACCACGUUGGAAAAAUAUAUGCAACCUACGUCGGACGACUUUCUACCAGUGUCAAUGCAGUAUUUACCUUCUACUUUGGAAAAGGCGAUAAGACAUCCAAGUGGAUUGAAUGUACCAGUGGAUAUUAUGAUUGGCACUACAGAUCUUAACAGUUUAAGGCUUCGUGAUAGUCUAUUCAAGAGCUUUUUAAGGAAAAGUAACAAGCAAAUAUAUGAUUUUUCUAUGGAAAGUGUUUUACCAAAUAUUCUAAAUGUUCUUUUAUUGAAAAAUUCGGAAACUUAUCAAACGUUACAAGAAGCUGUUCGUUGGGAAUACUGGAAUCGAAUACAAGAAGAUAUAGACAAUUUUAGCGCAUUAGAGUCGCUUGGUUUUAUGGACUCUGUCGUAAACUGGGCCAUUGCAAGUUCUUAUUUAGCGGAGAAACUCGCUACACAAGUGCCUAGAGUGUAUGUUUUCCGAUACUCCUUUCCAUCGAAGGUUGACCUUUAUGGUAAUCGCCUAAAUUUCACAGGAGCAGUUAACGGCGCCGAUCUAAUUGCUUUGUUUGGUGAUGCAAUUAUACUUCAAGUCGCUAGAAGAUCUCCGACUAAUGAUGAGAAACAAAUAUCGACUUUUUUUCGAUAUUAUGUAAUGAAUUUUGUGAAGUUUGGGUCUCCUACAACGCAAGAAAAAUGGCCUCGGUUUACGGUGAAAGAUAAAACUAUCUUCGAAAUUUGUGACAACGAGAUUUAUAGUUAUUGUCGUUUCAAAAGUGUAAAGAAAGAUAUUUCCUUUUGGCUGCAAUAUUUACCGCAACUAGCAAACUCUACACUACGAAAUAAGGAAUAUUUUGAUAUGAUAGUUGGGUAUGGAGAUGGAUACAGACUACGCGGCGGCGUUUACGCAAUGUGUGGAAUAUCUAUUAUACUCCUUCUGAUGUUGUUUACAAGUGGCCUACUUCUGCGCAGAAGACGGUUUUAUCGACCAUCGUCCGUUGAUUCACAAAUUGCUUAUUAG